GGAUUUCCCCAGUUCUUCCCCCCACUUUUAGGUCUAGUUGGCAUAACUGAUCAUUUCCGCAUUCCCAAAUCCUCCCAGAUAGCGCUCACUAUUUAAACGGGCAGAUGCAACGAUUUCCACUUUUUAAAAUCUACUCUCGACCUUCAGCUGACCAGAAGAAAGGACAACUGUUGCACUCGAAAUCAAAGUCAGGUAAUAGACAGCUUCGUAGUCGAGAAACAUUGAUUAUACUGGGGCUCCACGCUGGAUGAGUUGCCAGUGUGAGCAGAGCAGCCCAUGAACUUUUCGGUGGAUCAUUGUGCACAAUCCUUGCAUUUGUGCAAUCCUGUUCUUUCGUUCUAUUUGGUUUGGGCAGCACUGUACUGUACUGUUAAAAUUAUUGGAUAUUAUAAACGUUAUUCGUGAGAAAUAACUUUUACACUCAAUGCUUUCCUUUUGUUUAGCUUGCAAGGUUGCAGUCCUAAACGUUUAUUCAACCCAAUAAACAAGUCGUUCUCUACAACUUUAUUUAUCCUGAACGAAUAUGACUUAUUAAAAACAUCCUUCAUUACAUGUAGUAUAACAUUGAUCUAGCAAUUGUCUUAGAUGUAUUUGCUCGACUGUCCUCGUUUCAUCACCCUGCAACAGUCAGUUACGUAACAUGCAUGCCUUACUGAAGAAUAACUUCCGCUUUAAUAAUGAGUCAUGAUGAGUCAGAAGUGUUAUGUUAUCUUUUCUUGUUAAUUUGAAACUACGGGCUUUCAAGAGUGUUACAAUAACGUAAUGGAAUUCUGACGAUGUAUCAAUGUAGUAUUACAAUGUUACUUACAUUUGAUUUCACACUAGGCCUAUAUUAUACCAAAUAUUUUUCUUACAUCGAUUUAUCACAUAGCCUAGUCCCAAAAAAUUUAUUCUAAUAAACAGUUUCAUUUAGCAACAAUUCAGUGACUUUUAGGUUACUGAAUGUACUGAAUAAUACUCAAAUUCUUUUAAACCUUUUACCCAGAUUUGAGCAGAGAUGCAGAGAAGUAUAUUUUGUUUCUUUAAAGAACCAUCAGUCAGGAGGAUACAGACAGCUCAAUAGGUAUGAUUAGACACAGUGCCUUCAGAAAGUAUUCUUAACCCUUGACUACAGCAUACAUUCUAAAUGGAUUAAAUUUAAAUAUAUAUUUUUUCUCACCAUCUACACACAAUACCCCAUAAUGACAAAGCGAAAACAUAUUUUUAGAAGUGUUUGCACAUUUAUUGAAAAUGAAAUACAGAAAUAUCUAUUUUACUUAAGUAUUCACACCCCUGAGUCAAUACAUGUUAGAAUCACCUUUGGCAGUGAUUACAGCUGUGAGUAUUUUGGGGUAAGUCUCUAAGAGCUUUGCACACCUGGAUUGUACAGAAUUUCCACAUUAUUCUUAAAAAAAUUCUUCAAGCUCUGUCAAGUUGGUUGUUGAUCAUUGCUAGACAGCCAUUUUCAAGUCUUGCCAUAGAUUUUCAAGCCGAUUCAAAACUGUUACUAGGCCACUCAGGAACAUUCAAUGUUGUCUUUGUAAGAAACUCCAAUGUAUAUUUGGCCUUGUGUUUUAGGUUAUUGUCCUGCUGAAAGGUGAAUUUGUCUCCCAGUGUUUGUUGAAAAGCAGACUGAACCAGGUUUUCCUCUAGGAUUUUGCUUGUGCUUAGCUCUAUUCUCCCUAGUCCUUGCAGAUGACAAGCAUACCCAUAACAUGAUGCAGCCACCACCAUGCCUGAAAAUAUGAAGUGGUACUCAGUGAUGUGUUGUGUUGGAUUUGCCCCAAACAUAACGCUUUGUAUUCAGGACAAUAAGUUAAUUUCUUUGGCAUUUUCUUUUUGCCGUUUUACUUUAGUGUCUUAUUGCAAACAGGAUGCAUGUUUUGGAAUAUUUUUAUUCUGUACAGGCUUCCUUCUUUUCACUCUGUCAUUUAGGUUAGUAUUGUGGAGUAACUACAAUGUUGUUGAUCCAUCCUCAGUUUUCUCAUAUCACAGCCAUUAAACUCUGUAUAACUGUAAAACUGUAACUGUUUUAAAAACACCAUUUGCCUCAUGGUGAAAUAUCUGAGCGGUUUCCUUCCUCUCUGGCAACUGAGUUAGGAAGGAUGCCUGUAUCUUUGUAGUGACUCAGUGUAUUGAUACACCAUCCUAAGUGUAAUUAAUAACUGCACCAUGCUCAAAGGUAUAUUCAAAGUGUGCUUCCCCCCCCCCCCCCCCCCCAUCUAUCUUAUAAUACCAGAGACAAGAGGAGUUCCACAUGCUACUUUCAUAUUUUUGUGCCUGGUACUUUUGUUUUGAGGAACUUUGGAACUGUAACUCAUUUUACGCUGAGACAAAAUGAUGGACAUUUGCUUGUGUUUCUAGAUUUUAAAAUUGGUUUCAGUCCGGUACAAUCAAAAUGUGCACCACACAGCAAAAAUGGAAUCACAUUUUGCACAUAAGGUAAAGCAGAGGUUUUGCUGAGACAUGCCAAUAUUUAUUCUGUUAUGUAAACUGAGCAUUACCAGAUUUUCAUCUGUAAAGCCUAAUUGGGUAGUAUCAUUAGCUGUAAAAGGAGGCCAAAUGGCAGCUGUUGGGGCAGUUAGGAGGUGGUGGAGGAAGGGGUCAGGUAGAAAGGGAUGGAGUAUUGUGGAGUGAAACAGGCUACACACUUGCAUGCAAAUACGCCAAAACCUUAAAUUACUUGUCUUUGUACCGUACCGUGCCCAGUCAGGUUAUUGGCCUACUUUGCUUGGGUCCCAUUUGUUGGAACUCAACAUUGUACAACUAGACAGCAUAGGUCCUGACUGUAUAGACAUUGAAGGAAACCAUCAGUAUUUCAAUUUUCUGGGGGUAAGGUCAGAGAUCAGUGUAGAUGAUCCUGUAUCAAUGUAUCCUGGGGUGUAGUUGGUGUCUGUAUUACACUCUUUUGCUAGCUUUCAAACAAAGGGAACACUGUUUCUGUUCUGUUUAUUUUUCCUCAUCAUUCACUCUGCCUAUACUGCUGGGCCCAUAAGCCAUACAUUUUUUUAGAUUUUGGAAGAAUACUGUACAUUCAGCGCAAAGGGGUAAACUAUUAUGAUUAUUUUAUUAAUAUUGUAUCCCAGUGGUGAUACCUGGUGGUGUUGUGAGUGAGUAUUUGCUGACGUGCCUCUGAGGCCAUUUCCAUCUAUAAUGUGGUGGGAAAUGUGAAUGCGUGUGGGCAAAUGAAAUCAGACAGCGGUCUUGUCUGCAGCGUGCUUUGGCUCUGAUAUUCUUGGGAGAGUUGAGUUAGCUAGCUGUUGUCCCUGGCUACCUCUCUCCAUGCACCUUCUCUUUGAUUUUAGAGCUUGCUGAUUUUCAUGCCAACCUUGGCAUUGAAUAGUUGGCUGAUGUAAGCUUACAAAUGAGUGUGGCAAAAAUGAGUAAAAUCAAGAAAGGUGUUCUCAAACAGUUAUAUGUACAAUGCUUCUGUUUAAACAGACUGUUGAGACUCUGUUUAGUGAGCUACAGUGUAAUAUCCGUCAUCCUACCAAAUGAAUUACUUGCUACUCACCUGGGAAUAAAGGCAGAUGUCCUUGAAUAAUGUAUAUUACUACAGUUAUAAACAAAACAGGUUUACAGGGAAGACUCAAUGACGUGUUGAUGUAGAUCUUGUAUUGUGUCAGUUUAGUCAGACAAAAUAGGAAGAGAAGGGUUUGAGAAAUGACCUUUAUCAGGGGACCAGGGUUGGCUACAUUAUCCUGAGCUCCCGUAGCCACAUUCCACUUCCCUGACAUGUAGAAAAAAACGUAUAUGGAGGAAACAUGGGCAACGGAUGUUUCUUGGCAAGGGCUGGCUGCAGAUCUCCUUGGAAUAAAGGGGAAUAUGUCUGAGUCUACUUUUGUGCAGGGCUGUGUGCUUCUCUCUUGGCAUCCUCUGGAAUGAAAAAGAAAAACAUAGAUCCUUGCCAAGAUCUAUGUAAAUGGGAGUAUACAUACAUACAUUCCAGAAAAAAAAGAGAGAUUAAAUAAUAAAAUGGCCUAAUGGGAGACAGCCUCGGCCUCCUGCUCUGGAACAGGCCAACAAUUCAUUAGAGAGGGCUGCCAGGGAGACCAGGUGCACCCUGGGAAAUGCCUCAUUUAAGCCCUUUAGCAGACUGAAAUGGAAGUAGACCAAUUAAUUAACUAUCUGUCUACUAUACCAAAACCACAAGCAGGUUUGAGAUGUGAAUACUUGGUGUAAAAUGUAUUCAGAUCUUUAACUCUGGUAUACAGUUGAAGUCAGAAGUUUACAUACGCCUUAGCCAAAUACAUUUAAACUCAGUUUUUCACAAUUCCUGACAUUUAAUCCUAAUAAAAAUUCCCUGUCUUUGGUCAGUUAGGAUCACCCCUUUUAUUUUAAGAAUGUGAAAUGUCAGAAUAAUAGUAGAGCGAAUGAUUUAUUUUCUGCUUUUAUUUCUUUCAUCACAUUCCCAGUGGGUCAGAAGUUUACAUACUGUGGCGUACAGCAGGUCAGCCACCAGGGGGAGACUCGUCGAGGCCUGGUAACAGAUGGAGUAUACAUCACGAGGCGGUGGCUCCAUCUGCUGGACGUGCCAGGUCUCGACGGGCUCCCCGUACAGGACUAAUUGGGGCUGAUUGGAAGCUGGUGAGUAAUUAAGGGCGGAUUGCUCACCAGCUGUGCAAGGCCCAUAAAGCUGCCAGAAGGGCAGGACUGGGGGAAGUAAGGUAACUUCCGUGUAGUUGGAGACGGUUUCCUGGAGAGGAUCUCAUGGGGGAGACCUAACCUUUUCUUUUGAUUAUUUUAUUAAUAAACACCCUUGAAACCGAGCUAAUCAUACUCUGUCUGUGUCUGAUCUGUGUAAACGUUUUGACCCAACCCCCUGAUCUGCCACAAGUGGUGGAGAAUGCGGGCACUUUGUUAACGUGGUCAGAUCAGGGUUGACGUUUACACAGCAUCAGCAUGGACGAGUUGAUAGCUCAGUUCGUCUGGGCCCAACAAGCACAACAGGCGGUUCAGGAACGAACGCUGGAGGAACAGCGACUACAAAACGUCCGCCUUGUGGAGGAAGUCAGGAAGCUGCAAGGAGGAGCAUCUCCUGAAACCCAUCCCAACCAGUUUUUAAUCAAGCUAACGGAAGACGAUGACAUUGAAACAUACCUCUGUACGUUUGAACGGACAGCACUACGGGAAGGAUGGCCAAGGCCGAAGUGGGCAAGUCUGCUGGCCCCGUUCCUCUCUGGGAAUGCCCAAAAGGCGUAUUGGGACCUGAACGACGAACAGGCGGCUAACUACGACGGACUCAAACGGGAGAUACUCAGCCGCUACGGGUACAGCCUGGCCCAUCGGGUUCAACGGUUCCACGACUAGAGUUUCGUACCCGACGCAUCCCCCCAGAACCCAGAUGAGCGACCUUCUGCGCAUCACCAGGGCAUGGCUCCUAACCAACGUAUCCACCCUCUCCCUCCUCAACAAAAUGGUCCUGGAUCGCUUCGUACGGGCGCUACCCCACGUCAUGAAGAGGGCAGCGAGCCUAUGCGCGUCCCAGGCCUUGGAGGGCCUUCUGGAAGCAGUGGAGACGCAUCAGAACACUCAGGCCCUACUGAGGGGGAGCCGGGACAAGUUGGAGACCUGUGCGAGGGGACGGAAGGACAACCCCACCGCGGUGUACCCCGAACCGACAGUCGGCCGGGCCAAGGGACCACAAACCCAUGGAGAGACGGCUGGGGAAGGGCCGACCCGCCAACGACGACUCCAGGUAGAUGGAGACCAACGGAGGUGUUUUGAGUGUGGCACCCGGGGGCACAUUGCCUGGAAUUGCCCUGCUCGAGAGGAGUCGAUGCCAUCAGCUAGCACCGGAUGCCAGGUGGGUCACGCCGUGAACUAUUUCACCUCCUGUUGGGCGCACCAUGAAUCAACUGCACCCAUGGUCCCGGUGAAGGUUGACGGACACGACAUGGAAGCGCUAUUAGCCUCCGGAGGCAUGGUUACGCUCGUAACCACGAGCCUGCUGAACGGGGUAGGGAGAUGUCAAUUUCCUGUGUUCACGGUGACACAAAGUGGUAUCCCGCCGUAUGAACCAACACAAGGGACACCACAAGGGAGCUGCCAGAUGAUGGUGGGUGCAGUACCAGAGCUGCCGGUACCUAUCCUAGUGGGACGGGAUUGUCAGCUGUUCGCGGCCCUAUGGGGGCACGAGUUGGAAAAAAAAGAUAAGAGCCAGCCGAAGAAGAGAGCGGGGACGACCCCUCGCCUGUGCGGCCAGGACGCCACCGGUUAACCAACCUGACUCUACGGGUCCGGAGUCAGAGGGGGAGCCGGAACCCGAACCCUCUGGGGAACCACUGGAGGAGGAGCCCAGCCUCCCCUUCUCGAUUUCGAGGGGGCAGUCGAGACCCCCGUUGGGGGCCAACUGAGGGGACAAUUCGGGACGGCCCAGUGGGAGGAUCCGAAUUUGAAAGAUGCCGCAGCCCAAGUGAUGGCGGUGGAUGGACAGCUACUUCCGGGGGUGAGUGACUGGCGAUACCCCAUUUCCAAAUUAAGAAUGUGUGUCGCGCUAACAGGGGGAACAAAGAGAGGUAUUGUUGCUGCCCCGACGGUAUGUAGGAACCGUUCUUCAGCUGGCCCACACCCACCUGUUGGGGGCGCACCUGGGAAUGGAGAAGACCCGGGAACGGGUCGCCGCCCGGUUCCACUGGCCCGGGAUGAGGAGGGCCGUGGAAGACUACUGUUGCAGCUGCCCGGAGUGUCAACUCACUGCCCCGAAAGCACACUUCCGAAACCCUCUGGUCCCCCUGCCGAUCAUCGGGGUGCCCUUUGAACACAUCGCCAUGGACAUAGUGGGACCCCUGGUAAAGACUGCAUGAGGACACAGGUACAUCUUGUUAAUAGUAGACUAUGCCACCUGGUAUCCCGAGGCCAUUCCCCUACGGGCGGCGGUAUCCAAGGGAAUCGCCCGGGAGCUGUUCCACCUCUUUAGCCGGGUGGGCAUCCCGAACGAGAUCAUGAAAGAGUUGUGUGCCCUCAUGCAGAUCCGGACCUCAGUUUUUCACCCGCAGACGGAUGGGCUUGUCGAGCGCUUUAACAAAACGCUCAAACAGAUGCGGAAGGUCAUCGAGCAGGACGGGAAGAACUGGGACCAGCUGCUACCCCACCUAAAGUUUUCCCCGUUUGAACUCCUCUACGGGAGGAGGCCACAUGGCCUACUGGACCUCUCCAAGGAGGUGUGGGAAGCCCAACCCCCUUACGCAGCGUUGUAGAGCAUGUGGAGGUGAUGCGAUAGCGGAUGACAGCCAUAUGGCCAGUCGUGAGAGAACAUAUGGAGAAGGCCCAACGCGCCCAAGCCCAGGUCUACAAUCGGGGAGCCCAGCCCCGAGAAUUCCAGGUGGGAGACAGGGUGUUGGUGUUGAUCCCCACGGCCGAAAGUAAGUCCCUGGCAACAUGGCACAGACCAUACGAGGUGGUCGAGAAACUGGGACCUGUCAACUACCGCAUACGGCAACCGAAGAGACGGAAACCUCAACAGAUCCGAGAAGCCGGGCCGCACGACCUUCAUUGAACACCCUGGGCCGGGUACGGAUGUGGAAACGGUAAGAAAGAGGCCGUAACGAAUUCCUGAGGCCCGACAGAAGGCCGUGAAACAAGAAGUGGAGGCUAUGCCGAGGAUGGGGGUCAUUGAAGAGUCCCACAGUGCAUGGUGCAGCCCCAUCGUGUUGGUGCCCAAACCGGACGGUAGCCUCAGCUUCUGUAAUGAUUUCCGGGGUGUGAACGACAUAAGCCUAUUUGAUGCCUACCCCAUGCCGAGGGUGGACAAGCUAAUCGACCGAUUGGGAAAGGCCCGGUACAUCAGCACCUUUGACCUGACCAAAGGAUAUUAGCAUGGAAACGCGGAUGCCCUAUCGAGAAGGGAGACAGACGUUGCACUGAUGACCAUCCUCUCCCCGAUAGAGCUGGGGGGGGGGCGUACAGCAGGUCAGCCACCAGGGGGAGACUCGUCGAGGCCUGGUAACAGAUGGAGUAUACAUCACGAGGCAGUGGAUCCAUCUGCUGGACGUGCCAGGUCUCGAAGGGCUCCCCGGACAGGACUAAUUGCGGCUGAUUGGGAGCUGGUGAGUAAUUAAGGGCAGAUUGCUCACCAGCUGUGCAAGACCCAUAAAGCUGCCAGAAGGGCAGCACAUGAAGGAGGACUGGGGGAAGUAAGGUAACUUCCGUGAUUUUACUGUGUUACAGUUCAUAUGAGGAAAUCAGUCAAUUGACAUAAACAUCAUUAGGUCCUAAUCUAUGGAUUUCACAUGACUGGGAAUACAGAUACCUCACAAUGGGCCUCAGGAUCUCAUCACGGUAUUUCUGUGCAUUCAAAUUGCCAUUGAUAAAAUGCAAUUGUGUUCGUUGUCUGUAGCUUAUGCCUGCCCAUACCAUAAACCCACCACCACCAUAGAUCACUCUGUUCACAACAUUGACAUCAACAAACAGCUUGCCCACACGACGCCAUACACGUGGUCUGCGGUUGUGAGGCCGGUUGGAUGUACUGCCAAAUUCUCUAAAACAACGUUGGAGGCAGUUUAUGGAUGAACCAGACUUAUGAAGGUCUACAGUUUUCUUUACAAUUUUUUUUCUGAGGUCUUGGCUGAUUUCUUUUGAUUUUCCCAUGAUGUCAAGCAAAGAGGCACUGAGUUUGAAGGUAGGCCUUGAAAUACAUCCACAGGUACACCUCCGAUUGACUCAAAUGAUGUCAAUUAGCCUAUCAGAAGCUUCUAAAGCCAUGACAUCAUUUUCUGGAAUUUUCCAAGCUGUUUAAAGGCACAGUCAAUUUAGUGUAUGUAAACUUCUGACCCACUGGAAUUGUGAUACAGUGAAUUAUAAGUUAAAUAAUCUGUCUGUAAACAAUUGUUGGAAAAAUUACUUGUGUCAUGCCUAACCGACUUGCCAAAACUAUAGUUUGUUAACAAGAAAUGUGUGGAGUGGUUGAAAAACAAGUUUUAAUGACUCCAACCUAAGUGUAUAUAAACUUCUGACUUCAACUGUAGCUGUUGCCUGGCUACCCAUUUACAUUGCUCUGGCCAACUGACGUUUGUUCUCCACGAUGAAUCUGGAUUUGCCUCCCUAUCUGACGAUUUCUAGAAUGCGAACACAUUCUGAUCAUUAUGAUUUGUACCAGAAACCGAUGGGUUGGGCCAGAGCUGGCCUUCAUGAUGACGUUAUCAAUUUUGAUACUCUGAUUGGUUAGAUUUGUUAGAGACGAUCCAAUCGCUGAUACAUUUGUCAUGUACAACGGCCCUCAUUUUGAAGUCAAACUAACGACUUGUAGGAUGGUAGUUUCAGACUGAAUGUAUGUAGCGAUCGAUAGAGCAGCGGAAUUAAAUUCAGGGUGAGUCUUCAGGCAAGUAUACCUGUGAAAUCUCAAACCAUGUGUCGUUGAUUUUCUUCUCAAUGUAUUUUCCUAUCCAUUUGUCCCUUUCCCUAUAAGCUGUGGUCACAGCCGUGUCUGACAUGAUGCCGGGACCAAUCCCAGAUCCCUUGGUGACAGCAGGCUCCCUGCCCAGCCUGGGUGUCCUGGCAGGGAUCCCCUCCACCACGCUGACUGACCAGCUCAACUACGCCGACCUCCGGGAACUGGGGGCCAUGUUCUCUCCACUGCACUUCCUGGGCAAGCUAGGGAAGAGGCCCCUAACCAUCAAAACAGAGGUGAGAAUGAACGUUUUGUUUUAGUUCUUGAAAAUGUUGUGAGAAGUUCAAAUUCAGACAUCUUUCUGGUCAUUUUACUGUUUAAGACUCACUCUUUUGAUGUUUUGACUUUUCUAACCAUCGUAGAGCUUUGUACAAAACAUAGGCAAUGUUAUUCCCCAGGGCGCAGAGGGACUUCAGUAUGUACUUAAUGUUGACCAAUGGCAUCACCUAGUGGACAGAAUUAUCAUUUAAACAAAUGUAACCUGCUCUUAGAUGGUUUCCUACACUUGAACCAUAAUUGCUGGGUCCAUUUUCCACCUUAAGUUCUGUUUUAAAGCGUGUUUGCAUUUCCCAUCCAUGUAGAGAGAUGAGGAAGAGGACAGGAGGAAACGAAGGAGAGAGAAAAACAAAGUAGCAGCAGCACGCUGUAGAAACAAAAAGAAGGAGAGGACAGACUAUCUACAAAGGGUGAGAGGUUUUUAUUUAAUGAAGUGUAUAGACCAGUCUUCUAAGAAUAAGUAAUGAUCUUAUCCUUCCUUCCUUCCUCGUGCACCCUAUGUCUCAGGAAUCAGAAAGACUAGAGGUGAUGAACUCUGACCUCAAAGCCCAGAUUGAGGAGCUGAAGCAUGAGCGGCAGCAGCUGAUCAUCAUGUUGAAUCACCACCGUCCAACGUGCAUCGUCAGAACAGACAGCGUCAAGACCCCUGAGAGUGAAGCCAACCCCCUGCUGGAGCACCUGGACGGAAAGUGAUGUCACAGGGCUCAGAGCAGCGUGGUGUCACAGUUCCAGUUUACAGUGAAGCUCCACUCUAGCCAGCUAGCAGCACUUCACUACCUCUGGGCUCUUGGCUUAGAGGAGAACCAGCUAAGCACUCCUGCCUGGAGCCAGAGAGCCUUUAAACACAAAGGUGACCCAAUGUGAUUGGACUUUGUGCUGGCAGUUAAAUGCAUUUUUUAGAUUUUUUGUUUUGUUAUUGUUGGUGUUAUUAAGGGCCCCAUAGCCCCAGCCACUAUCAUUAUAAAUACAUGGAAUUUAAUAAAUGGCUCAAUGCAGCUUGGUGAGCAAUACUCCACCGCUCCAAGGCAACAUGGCAGAUCUCUCAGGCCCCUAGGCACAGUCAGAGCUUGUGCUGUGUUUUUUGUUUAUACUAAUGUGUACUGGUUAAGAUGAACACGUAUGGUUUUUGAAUAUUAUUUUUUCUUUGUAUUAUGCCUUCGAUGGCAGACCGGUUGAACCGUUUUCUUUUAUUUGGCGCAGGCGUCAUAUAUGCACAUAGCCUACAGUAUAUGUUGACUUUUUACAUUGUAGUUGGUCUGUUACUUUCAAAUAUGGUUCUGAUUUGUAUACUUACUGUACAAUAUAUGUAUUAUAUAGAC